UGUAAACUGAAGAAGGAGCUGUAGGUGAGGCUGGAUUAGACACAGCUCUCGCUCCACUCCAGCUUGGAUUAAACCUCGGCCGAUCUUGACGACCUUUUAUUGUUUGAGCUGCUUUCAAUCCCGUGAUUCAUUUUCACGCACAUAACCCCUCUCCACACACGCACGCACACACACACACACACACACACACACACACACACACACAAAAUGUGGAGGUGUGCGCUAACCUCAUAUAAUCCAUAUAAUCACACCAGGUGCCUGUUUUUUUAUUGUCCCGCUGAGAAAAUCCUGAUUACUGAUGGGUGUUUGAGUGUGUGUGUGUGACUGUUUGUAGGUUAGUGAAAGAUUGCUGUGGCUGUAGAUAAGAGGAUUAGAGUGGAAUUAGUGUCAUUCCUCUAUCGCCGCGAGGAAUAGAUUCAUAUCGAUUUUAAUCAGAGAUAGAAAGAUCCACAAAAAAACUGCAGAUAAAACAGACAGAGACAGACGGUGCGAGCAAGAGGAGGAGUGAAUGAAGCCGGGGGGAAAGCAGCAGAAGAUUCCUGGAGAUCAUCGCAGCCGGAAUGUUCAACUGGAGGGGCUGCACAAACACCUGCUGCAGAGAUACAUGCAUGUAAAGAUACAUGUAGAAACAUUUAGGAGAACACUGCACUCAUGCAUUUGCUUUGUUUGGAAAUCAUGCCUUUGUUUUGGAGCUUUCUGGUUGAGGAAACUUCUAGCCACAGUGGGAUGUUUGACCAAAACCACCAGCGUUAGUCUGCAGGGUGGUGUGGACAGUGGAACUGGUGGAGCUGGUGGAGUGGUUGUGGCCAGCGAUGUUGGCAUUGUGUCAGUUGUGGCAGGGAAACCUGUGAAAAAUGAAGGUGGACGUGCUGACUUGCCUGGCUCUGGUCGCCAGCCUCAUCACCACAGUGACCGGCGGCCGCAACUCCGGGCGCAGGAAGCACAAGGAGGUGUUCCUUGGGGAGAACAGCAAGUUCAAGUUUGGAGGACGUAUUGACUACAAGCUGAAGAGACAGGACAGCACCAAAACACUGCUGAUAAAAACUGAACAGCUGCUGAGGAUCGAGGAGCAUGACUUUGCCAUGAGACCAGGCUUUGGAGGUGCAGCCAUCCCUGUGGGCAUCGAUGUGCAGGUAGAGAGCAUCGACAGCAUCUCAGAGGUCAACAUGGACUUUACCAUGACUCUGUACCUGCGUCACUACUGGAAAGAUGAACGGCUGUCGUUUCCGUCCCGAAACAAUCAGAGCAGGACUUUUGACUCGAGGCUCGUGAAGAAGAUUUGGGUCCCUGACGUCUUCUUUGUCCACUCCAAACGCUCCUUCAUUCAUGACACCACCAUGGAGAACAUCAUGCUGCGGGUUUACCCAGAUGGAAACAUCCUCUACAGUGUCAGGGUCACAGUAACGGCGCUCUGCUCGAUGGACUUCAGCAGCUUCCCUCUGGACACACAGAACUGCUCACUGGAGCUGGAGAGCUAUGCAUAUAAUGAGAACGACCUGAUGCUUUACUGGAAGAAUGGGAACGACUCUCUGAGGACGGAUGAGAUCGUCUUGUCUCAGUUCUUCAUUGAGCAUUUCCAAGCCUCUAGUGGCCUGGCUUUCUACAGCAGCACAGGUUGGUACAAUCGUUUGUUCAUUAACUUCAUCCUGCGGAGGCACAUCUUCUUCUUCAUGCUGCAGACAUACUUCCCCACCAUGCUGAUGGUCGUCCUGUCCUGGGUCUCCUUCUGGAUCGACAGGAGGGCUGUUCCUGCGCGUGUCUCUCUGGGUAUAACCACAGUGCUUACCAUGUCCACCAUCAUCACUGGAGUGUCCUCCUCUAUGCCUCAGGUAUCAUACGUGAAAGCAGUGGACAUCUACCUGUGGACCAGCUUCCUGUUUGUCUUCCUGUCUGUAAUUGAAUAUGCGGCGGUAAACUACUGCACCACUCUGGAGGAGAUGAGGAAGAUGAAGAGAGGGAAGAUCCCAUCCACCUUCAACGCCAGCCAGGCGAUGGCCUUUGAUGGCUGUUUCCAUGACAAUGACAUUGAGCUGACUCCUUUCUCCCGCAUGGCACCCCCCAUGACCUCUGACCCCCUCGCCAUACCAGACCAGGCCCCAGACAUCCGGCCCACAGAGGGGACUCGCCUCCGCCGGCAGCGGUCCGUGCGUGAAAAUGUGGACCUGUUUGUCAACAACAGCUACAUGAUCGACUCGUACUCCCGUCUGGCCUUCCCUCUGUCCUACCUGCUCUUCAACACCAUCUACUGGAGCCUGUACUCCUGAUCCACCACUCUCUCCAAGAACCCUGGUGCACUAUAACAGAGUCGAGUUGUGUCAGAGAGCAUGCUGGGGGAUUCCUCCUCUCCACAGGGCUCGACAUGCACUUCAAUGAAUGAACUCUUGAUCGCAGGAGCCCCUUCAGCUCUGGCUUCAUCAGUAAUCAUGUUCUUUACAGGAGGAGAUAAAAGCACUCCAGCUCCUCAGAGUAGGAACUCUUAAUUCCGCACAGUUUCACCCCGACAUCUGGUGAGGUCAGGUUGAAUCCAGAGACUUGGAAAUUAAUGGAUCUUAAUUUGUUUUUUGUUUUUUUAUUAAGCUGUACAUGUGACUCUUAUCUUGUAAUACUCAAAGGUCUGGUUUCGAAAGGUUAUUUCACUUCUUAGCUACAGGGAGAUUGAAGUUAUGUAAAAAUGUUCUCUUUUUAUUGUUGAAAAACAUCCUUUGCUUUUUGAUGAAUAAUAUGAGCCAACCAAUCAACCAAUGAACAUGUACUUACAUUUUUUUCUCAUUAAAUUUUCAUCUUGUUCA